GGUCAGGUGGUUUCUGCUUCGCCGGAAACCCUAUUAUUUAUUCUUUAUCCUUUACUCUCUUCCAUCCACGAUCAUCUCGGCACUAUGGCUGACACAAAUAUCUCUGGCCAGCGCAAGAUCAAGCUUGUGCGAGCUGCUCAUGUCUAUUAUACGCAUAAGAAUAUCCAAAAAGCCCACCAAUUCCUACAAGACUUCGGCUUUCAGGAAGUCAAGCGCAGCGGAAACAAGACUUACUAUCGUGGGACAGGAUCUGAGCCUUUCAUCUAUUGUGCAGUCGAAGGCUCGGAAAAUGCAUUUGAAGGAGCCGCCUUUGCUGUUGAAUCGCUUGAAGAUUUAGAAUAUGCCGCGAAGACGCUUCCGAAUGCCACCCCCGUUCUCCAACUUCUAGACCAGCCAGGUGGUGGGUUUCGUGUGACGUUUACCGAUCCUAUUGACGGUUUUCCCUUCCAUCUCGUUCAUGGCCAAACCUCGGUUGAGCCUGGAGACAGUGGUCUAUUGCAGCGACGGUUCAACUUCCCUGAGGUCAAGAUGAGACCAGGAAACCAAUUUCAAAGAUUUAAGAAAGGUCCCGCCCCAGUGCAUAAAUUGGGCCAUUUUGGUUUAUGUGUCACAGAUUUUGCCAAGUUCUACAGCUUUUUCACAUCCCGCUUCAAUUUCGUGCCUAGUGACCUGGUGCACGAUGAAAACGGCCGUGAUAUUACGACCUUCUUGCACCUUGACCGGGGCUCAGAGUUAGUUGAUCAUCACUGCUUCUUCUUCUUCGAAGGCCCCAAGCCGCAUGUCCAUCACUCCUCGUUUGAGACGUACGACUUCGACACACAGCUGCUGGGUCACGACUGGCUUCGUCAGCAGGGUUAUGAAAACUGCUGGGGCGUCGGCAGGCACAUCAUGGGAAGCCAAAUAUUUGAUUACUGGUUUGACCCGUCGCAUUUUAUCCUCGAACAUUACGUCGACGGUGAUCUUGUCAACUCCAGCCAUGAAAUGAACAGGAGCAAAGCGUCGCAUAACAAUCUUCAUGUCUGGGGACCUGAUCUGCCUGCAACAUUCCUACUCUAA